AGCUCUUAGCCACUAAUAACUCUUUCAUAAAUGCUCAACAUUCAUUUCCCUCCAUUUGAACAAGUUUCAUUCUAAUACAAAUACAUGAAGAAAUGGUAAAAGCUUAAACUUGACAAUGACUACAAAUCUAACCACAAAAAUUCUCAAUCUCCUCAACAAACCCUAUAUUUCACCUUCACAAAUUACCCAAAUACAAGCUCAACUAAUCCACCACAAUCUCCAUUGCAACACAACAAUAGCCCAUAACUUCAUCUCCACUUGCCAAUCUUUAAAUCUUUUAAACUAUGCUUACACUCUUUACACUAAACUAAUCAAGAAACCCCACAUCUUCAUUUGUAACACAUUAAUUCAAUCUUUUUCCCAUUCCAAAAUCCCACUUGAAAAACAAAACUCCAUUACCAUAUACUCACAUAUGCAUAAAGAAAGUAUUUUUCCUAACAAUUACACAUACCCUUUUGUUUUAAAAUCUUUAUCUGACCUUAAAGAAUUAAAAUUAGGCAAAUCUGUACAUACCCAAAUUGUAAAAUCAGGUUACUAUGAUUGUGAUAUUUAUGUGCAAAAUUCUUUAUUGAAUUUGUAUGCUUCUUGUGGUGAAAUUGAGGUUUGUCACCAAGUGUUCGAUGAAAUGCCUCAAAGAGAUGUUGUUUCGUGGACGGUUUUAAUUAUGGGGUAUAGAGAUUGUGGGAAGUAUGGUGAGGCACUUGUUGUGUUUGAUAAAAUGAGAAAUGCUGACGUGGCGCCUAAUCGAGUAACGAUGGUGAAUGCAUUGUCUGCUUGUGCAAGUUGUGGUUCUUUAGAUAUAGGUGUGUGGAUACAUGAUUAUAUAAGGAGAAGUGGAUGGGAAAUGGAUGUGAUUUUGGGUACGUCGUUGAUCGAUAUGUAUGGGAAAUGUGGGAAAAUCGAGCACGGUUUUUGGGUAUUUCAAGAAAUGAAACACAAGAAUGUGUAUACGUGGAACGCGGUGAUAAGAGGGUUAGCGUUGGCUAAAAGCGGGGAGGAGGCAUUGCGAUGGUUCUUCGUCAUGGAGAGUGAAAAUGUCAAACCCGAUGAAGUGACUUUAGUAGCCGUGCUUUGUGCUUGUGCGUAUUCUGGUAUGGUUGCACAGGGUAGAGAAAUCUUUUCUUGGUUGAUGAGGGGGAAAUAUGGACUGUUACCUAAUGCGAAACACUACUCGUGUAUGGUUGAUCUAUUAGCGCGUUCGGGGUAUUUAGAAGACGCGUUAAGGGUGAUUGAAGAGAUGCAAGUGGAACCUACGAAGAGCGUUUGGGGAGCGUUUCUUGCUGGCUGCAGACUUCAUGGGAAUCAAGAGUUGAGUGAGUUUGCAGCUUGGAAACUUAUAGGAUUGGCGCCUAAACAUUCAGGGUAUUACAUCGUGUUGGCUAAUGUAUAUGGUGAAAUGGGAAGAUGGAAUGACACGGAGAAAAUUCGAGGGUUGAUGAAAGAAAGGGGAUUAUCAAAGGACUUGGGUAGUAGUUCAGUUGAAGUUGAGGAUCAAAAGGAUAUACUAGAGUUGUUAAGGUUACAAUGA